UUUGUAGAGCUUUUCACUUUUGGCGCUCUGUUGUGACCGAAAAGACGAAAGUGUAGUUCUAGGGUUUGGCGGUGAAGAACAGAACGAACUCAUAGGAUGGGGAAGAAAGGAGGUAGUAGAAGCUAUCAGAAGAAAGAUGUCAAAAACUCUAAAACAAGUUCUCGAUACGACCGUGAUGCCUAUUCGAGUGACGACAUGGACGACGAGAUUGAUACCUUUCAUAAGCAGAGGGACAUUGUCCCCCUUGACAUAAAUGAUGAUGCUGAAGUAUCAGAUGAAGAUGAGGAGCUCCCUAUUUUCGAUGUUAAGGAUGUUGAUGAAGAUGAAGAUGAUGAUGAUGAUGAUGAUGAAGACGAGGAUGAUGAGGAUGACGACUAUGAUGAAGAUGAUGAUGGGAAUGACGAUUUGGCAAAGAUGAUUAGGCAAAAGAAAUAUUUACGUGCAAAGUUUGGUGGAGGUGAUGAUGAAAUGCAUGAUGAUGAUGAUGAUGAAGAUGAGGAAGAUUAUAGACUUACUUUGGGUGGGAAAAAAUUCUCACAUGGUGCUGAGAAUCGUAAUUUUGAGAUACAAUCAAGUGAUGAUGAGGCCCCAAAAGAAGAGGAAGAAUUGGCAUUACAAAUACAACGGGAGAAAGCAAAGUCUUUAACAAUGGAAGACUAUGACCUUGUGGAUAUAAGUGAAGACAAAGAUAAUGAGAAAUUGACUUUGAAGGAUACGUCAGAUAAAGGAAACAAAGCAAUAAAGUCACUUGAUAGAGAUGUAAUUUUUAGUGUUGAUGAACUGAAUGCUUUGUCAAAGGAGGAGCAAAUGAAUGUUUUAUACAGGUCUGCUCCAGAAUUAGUUGGUUGGUUGUCAGAACUUAAUGAGACACACAGACAUCUCGAAUGUGAAAUUAAUCCAUUUUUAAGCAAGGUUAAAAAGGGAGAAAUAGUUAUGGAAGGAGAAGUGCGUUAUUUUGAGUUGAAGCAGCUUAUUUUGUUGUCCUAUUGCCAAGCUAUAACGUUCUACUUUCUCCUCAAGUCUGAAGGUCAGCCAGUCCAUGAUCAUCCCGUAAUAGCCCGCCUUGAAGAGAUAAAGAAAUUAUUGGAUCAGAUAAAACAACUUGACACAAAACUUCCUGUUCAACUUGAGGACAUUCUUAAAGGAAGUAAUGAGUUAGAAACAAUAGUGAAGUCAGAUAAUGAGAGUGCUCCAAUGACAACUGAUUCUAUCACUAAAAACCAAGAGCAGCCUUUUGUCUCCUCCAAAUCAACGGAAGAAACAGUGCUUAACAAGGAAGUUGAGAUGCAAAAAUUGGAAUCCUCAAAGGAUGGUGUACAGAAAACGAGAAAAGUUAAACAUCAGAAGGAUCACAUUGGUGCACAGAGUCUGGAAAUGCUAAAAGUUAGAGCUUCCCUUGAGGAAAAACUGAAAAAAAAGGGUCUUUACAGCUCCAUUGCUCCAAAGCCUAGUAAUGCAGUAAAGCGUACAAGACCAGUUAAUGGACAGCUUGAAACAUAUGAUGAUUUUAAUGAUGAUACUCUGGAUGCCAACGGGGAAGUUAGAUUGAGUAAUGGUUCUGGCUCCAAAAAAGUUUCACAGUUCCUUAGUGCUAACUUGAAGAAACCCAAGGUGGUUUCUGGUGACGAUGAUUUACCAAAGAGAGAUGAUAUUGGUGAAAGAAGAAGGAAACAUGAGCUUCGGGUGUUGGCUGGUGCUGGAAUUACGACCGAGGAUGAUGAUGAUGAUGAUGGUGAUAAUAAUGGUAAUGAUGAUCAAAUGGGUGAUCUUGGACCUAAUGAGGUUACCAAUGAAGAUGGUGCUGGAAGUGGGGACUCAGAAAAUGAAUUUUACAAACAAGUGGAACAACUGCGAGCUGCAAAACUUGCAGCAAAAGCUGAGACUUACUCGAGGAAUACAUCAGUCUCCUCAUUGCCAGAGACUGUAGAAGGAAAGCGCCUAAUUUCUUCUCAGAUGGAGAAGAACAGGGGACUAACUCGAAAUCGCAAUAAGGCAAAAAAGAAUCCCAGAAAGAAUUACAAGCUCAAGCAUCAAAAAGCUGUUAAGAAUCGGAAGGGGCAGGUUCAGAGUAUCAAGAGGCCCACUGCUCCUUAUGGUGGGGAAUCCUCUGGAAUUAAUGCAGCUAUCAGCAGAAGCAUCAGAUUCAAGAGCUGAUAUUGUUGAUUAGCUGUACAUUAUCUUUCCUAAAUUUUCCAAUUUUGAAUCUUUUAGGUAGAUGGAAGUAUCUUGUUUUCCUAUUACAAGUAUAGCCUGUAAGAUAACUGAUUGGGAGAGCGCAUAUUUGACAUUAUUAUUUUUGCAAAUUUGCCAGUUUUGAGUAGUGUGCUCUGGAAAAGAUUUCUCAGGAACUUGACAAUUUAAAUUAAAUCAAUUAAAUUAGUUCAGAUUA